AUGGACAACGAUCAAACGGUUCAGAAUGAAGUCGAAAACCACGAGGUUUGGUCAUCUAGCCGUUUACGAAGUGGUUCGCAGCAGGCUACAGUGCAGCCACCAGUGCAGCCUCAAUUAGUGUCUACGGAGCAGCCUAAUACGCAGCCAACAACAAACAUGUUACCACCAAAUGCCAACCAGCCGUCCAGUAGUGUAACCACCGCCAGUGAUAAUGGAAUGCAGAAUGCAUUGACAGCGCUGAUAGAGCAGAACCGAUUGUUGUUAUCACGGAUAUUGAGUAUUGAAGGCAAUAACAAUGAUAACAUACGUGUGCAGUCAACAUGUUCGCCAUCAACUUCUAAUAAUGGUUACUACGUCAUGCCAGACUUUAAUAAUUCAAUUAAUAUUUUCUCUGGACGUGAAUCUAAUACAGAUGCGAAAGCAUGGUUGAAAUCAAUUGAAGGUGUAGCAAAAUUGCAUAAUUGGCCAGACAGUUUUAAACUAGAAAUAGUACGUACAAAAUUAGAUGGUCCGUCUAAAAAUUGGUAUGUUGGUCGUACAUUUUCAAGUUGGGGUAGUUUUGUUGACCAGUUUAAUAAUACAUUUGUGGGAAACGAGUUGUGCACAGUUGAUCGCGUAAGAAACAUGUCAAACCGCGUUCAAACCAAGAGCGAGUGCGUCAUAGACUAUUUCCACCACAAAGCGCGCCUCUGCCGUGAAAUCUCGUUACCAUUUAACGAGACUAAACAACAAAUAGUUGAAGGUGUUUAUUCUCACGAUUUAUGUAACUAUCUGAUAGCGCGCACACAUUUAAGUGAAGACGAAUUAUUAGCUGAUAUUAAUUCUUACAAUAAUAUGAAAAAUGCCAGGACCAAUCGAAUUCGAUCGACCGAGCCGGCCAAAACAACUCCAAGUUGUACUGGCAAUCGAAAAGUCAGUUCUGACAACCGCAAUAAAGAUCGAAAUACGGUACAACGAUCCACUAUUGAUACAAAAAUGAAGCCAUCAAGGGAUACGUCGAAUGUCACGUGCUAUAACUGUGGAAAGAUUGGGCAUCUGGCGUCUUCGUGUCCAACGAGAACCUGUCAUAACUGUCAUUCAUUGGGUCAUUCGGCGCGGAACUGUCCAGGUCACCAAGGUGAGCGUCAAGACAACAACGGUGGUGAGCAUGUCUCUGUUUUGGAACGGUCCCCCACACAUAUUGUACCCCCAUAUAUGUUAGAUAUUAGUAUUAAAUUCCCCAAUAGUGAGUCUAUCGAUGUACAAGCAUUAGUAGACACGGGUAGUCCUGUUAGUCUCAUUAAAUCGACAGUUGUCCCAUACGUCUCUGGGGUCGUGCCCCCAAAAUCGGAUUUAGUUGGUAUUAAUGGUUCCAAACUAAAUAUUGUAGAUCAAUUUGAUGCGAAUAUUAUUCAUAAUGAUCUUGAUGCCCCGAUUAGUUUAUGUUUUCACGUGGUGCCCGACAAUGCCAUGAGAAAUGAUUGCCUAUUGGGUCGUAAUUUUUUAUCUCACCCUAGAGUAAAUUUGAAUGUGUCGGAUGGUCGUUUUGAAAUAGGUUUUAGAAAGGUUGAUAAUAAUAUAUCAUUUGCUGAAAUUGUAUCUGUUAAUUACACAAAUUAUAAUAGAGAUGAUGCUGAUAUUAAUUUGAAUGUUGAGGAUACUCUGCCGGAUGAUAUUAAACAAAAAGUUAAAAAAAUAUAUGUAGAGUCCUAUGUUAACCACGAAAGUGUCGUUAGUACGACUGACGACUAUCGUCCUGAGAUACGCAUUAUAUUAAAAAAUCAUAAACAGUUUUAUUUUCGGCCACGGCGUUUGUCUUUUUUUGAAAAGGGUUGCCUACAAAAAAUGUUAGAUGAUAUGUUGACCAAGGGGAUUAUUCAACGUAGUAGUUCCGAAUACAGUAGCCCCAUAGUACUGGUAAAGAAAAAAAAUGGAGAUUUUAGGAUGUGCGUUGAUUACCGCGAGUUAAAUAAAUAUGUAGUAAAAGACCGAUACCCGCUACCGCUAAUAGAUGAUAAUUUAGAUUUAUUGCGCGGAAAAAAAUAUUUUACAUGCUUGGACUUAAAAGAUGGGUUCCACCAUGUAUAUGUUGCGGACGAAUCGAUUAAGUUUACAUCGUUUACGACACCAUUAGGACAAUAUGAGUUUUUAAAAAUGCCAUUUGGGUUAGCUAAUGGUCCAGCGUGUUUUAGCCGUUUUAUUCAGAUUGUUUUCGACGAAUUUAUUCGCAAAAAUGAGGUGAUCGUAUAUUUUGAUGAUAUUAUGCUAGCCACAGAGACUAUUGAAAAGCAUUUAGAGCUUCUGUCUAGAGUAUUAAAAGUAAUGAAAAAUAAACAGUUAGAGAUCCGUCUAGACAAAACUCAAUUUUUGAAACGCGAGGUGAUUUACUUAGGUUAUUGCGUAAAUCAGUACGGUAUUCAACCGAAUCCAAAAAAUGUCUCAAUAAUCGAAAACUAUCCUGUACCACAAAAUAAUAAAGAACUCCAAAGUUUCAUUGGUUUAUCGUCUUAUUUUCGACGAUUCAUUCCGAAUUUCGCAAUUAUUGCUAAACCACUUUAUAGUUUGCUCAAAAAAAAUAUCCCAUACGAGUUUGGAGAGGAGCAAAUGAAGUCGUUCGAUUCUAUUAAAUUGAAACUCGGGGAACAACCGUUAUUAGCCAUUUAUAAUCCUAAUGCAAUAACAGAACUUCAUUGUGAUGCCAGUAGUCACGGAUAUGGUUCAAUUUUAUUUCAGAAGCAACCCGAUAACCAAUUCCAUCCGAUUUUUUACUAUAGUCAUAGGACUACAAAGUCCGAAUCGCGAUACCAUAGUUAUGAAUUAGAAAUGUUGGCUAUUAUAAAUUUUAUUAAGCGUUUCCGCGUAUAUUUACAAGGUAUAAAAUUUAAGAUAAUAACCGAUUGUAAUAGCGUUGCACUGACGCUACAAAAGAAAGAUAUAAACCCUCGAAUCGCUAGGUGGGCCAUGUUUUUGCAAAAUUUUUUAUACGAGAUAGAGCACAGAUCCGGGUCGCAAAUGCAGCACGUUGACGCAUUAAGUCGCUGUAAGCAUAUUUUAGUAAUAGAAGGUUGUACGUUUAAUCAGGCCCUUGCUAUCAAACAACAAACUGAUCCUGAAAUUAGCUCUAUUUCCAAAGAACUUGAACGAUCAGAACACCCACAGUUUGAGUUACGCAACGGACACAUUUUGGUUGUGGUUGACGCGUUUAGUAAAUUUUUGAAUUUGUAUCCAGUCCGCACAGUUGCCGCUAAAGAAUCAUGUUUACGAUUAACACAAUAUUUUUUACACUAUAGUAAACCGAUUAAAAUAAUAUCGGACCGUGGGUCAUGUUUUCGUUCGGAUGUGUUUAAAGAGUUUUGUGAGCGAUAUGAUAUUAAACAUAUUAAGACAGCAGUAGGUACGCCGUCGGCAAAUGGACAGGUGGAAAGAUACAACAGGGGCUUAACGGUUAUGUUAUCAAAACUUAUGCACGAGCAUAGUCAAAACUGGAAUGAAUAUUUGUAUCAAAUACAGUUCGCUGUCAAUAAUACGUUUAAUAGAUCGAUACAAAACACACCUAGUAAAUUAUUAUUUGGUAUCGACCAAAUAGGUGAGCAAACAGAUUAUGUUAGGUUGUAUUUAAAAGCGGUUGAUGAGUCUGAAAAAGUUCAUCCUAAUUUCGAUAAGAUUAGGCAAAAUGCACAGGAAAACAUACGAAUAGGUCAAAUAAAAAAUAAAGUUUAUUAUGAUUCGACCAAACGACCGGCCAUGCAGUAUUCUGUGGGAGACUAUAUUAUGAUAAAAAAUGUCGAUACUACCCCGAAUAUUUGCAAAAAAUUAUUGCCUAAAUUCAAAGGUCCAUAUAAGAUAGAUAAGGUCCUCCCUCAUGACCGAUAUAUUGUUUCUGACAUUGAAGAGCACCAAGUUACCCAGAUACCCUUAAAUACAAUUGUCGCUGCAAGGGACAUUAAACAUUGGGUAAAGCAGUAUUAA